UGAAGCUGAGCUCAGCUGCGCGCGCCCACGUGGGAGUCGAGCCUCCCAUUGGCCCUCACGUCAUCGGAAGCUGCGAGCUCCCGUUUCCGGCCGGGGGUUCGGAGAUCUUAGGUAAGCCAAGCAAAGCGCGACCGAUUCAACACACGUGCGUGGAUAUCCAGGCACCCGAUUCCGAGCGGACUUUUGCGAACUCCCGAGACUCUACAUGAGACAUCAUCACCAUGAACUCAUCAUCCUUGCGGUCCUCUCCACAUCAGCCAUGCCGGAUGGUUGGGGUCGAGUGUUGCCCUUGGCCAACACUGGUUCAACAGAUGCACUCCUCAAACAGUAUGCACGCAGUACCUUAACGAAGUCCGAAGAGCGACGCGCUUCCGCUGCAGGCAGAACUCUCACCUUCCGCAUUUCACUCUCGGGCCUGUACAGGAAUCAUUCGCGCCCCUUCAUAUCAUGUAUACGACGACGUACGUCGCCAAUGGCCUUGGCAAUCGCGCUUGAGUCGACCCGGCCUGUAACGUUGGUGGCGCCCGCCGAAAUAAAAUGAGCCGCGCCACCCUCUCAAAUGCGCCGUGGUCUAAUAUCGCCCAGCCUUAUCAGGGGAAGCUCGGCGAACACGACGACUUCUCCCAUCCCAAAGACGAUCAUAUGCUCAACCCGUCCGAUACAGUGGUCUUUGCCACUUCUCGCAGUCUCGAACACAUCACAUCAUCCCCAACCUCCCCUCGCCGGCUCGCUUCUGAUAAAGGUUAUUCAUGCACAUCGCCCAGAGUUGACAGCGCUCGCGGCCCCACAGCCUGGCCUCGGCUCGCCACCGGCGCCCCCUAUAGUUUAAUUACACGCUUCCACUUUCAACC